UUAAAGAAGAAAAUGCUUAUUCAAAUUUACCAGAAAAUAUACAUACUACAAUUGAAAAUCUCAACCCUGAAAUCCGUGAAUUAAUUGUUUAUAACAGAAACAAUAAUUCUCAAGAAUCUUUAAUAAAUUAUGUUCAAGAAGAAGAAAUUAUCAAUUUGAAUGAAGAGAAUAUAGUUGAAAUCUAUGAUAGCAAUGAAGACCAAGAUCUAAUUUUAUUUAAAAAAUGCAAAUAUGAAAUUUUUGAAUUAUUCGAUUCAGCAAAAAGGAUAUUUGAAGAAAAUGAAAAAACCUGA